ACGUGGCUUUCAGACUAUUUUCUGAACAGGUUAGCGGUGGGCAGAAGAGAGUACGACCGGAUGGUCGAGAGGGGCUCCAUACGCGUGGACCGGGCGGUGGCGCUGGGAGAUAUGUACCUCGGACCGAACACGAGGGUGGUGGCUUAUUUGGACCCCAAGGUGUACGAGGCCCGCUUCGCGUGGAACGGCGAGCGUGGAGAAGAGUCGCCGCGAGAGGAUUGGAAGCCGACUUGGCAACUGGUGAGACACGUUGGGGAGGACUUCCUCGUGAUAGAUAAGCCGUCUGGGAUAUCGACCGUGGCGAGCAAGGAUCACCCGAGGGGGGCGCUGGUUCCCUACUGGCUGAGGAGCCACCUGCCUCGCGAAGUCGGCGCCGGGGGCCUGCUGACGACCUCGAGGCUGGACGCGGGCACGCAUGGACUGCUGGUAGUCGGGAGAUCCAAGGAGUUCGUGAGACGGUACAACUCUUUGAUAUUCGCGCGCAGGGUCACCAAAAAGUACACGGUCGCGGUGACAGGGUGGAACAAGCCGCACCUUGGACCGAGUCUUGGACCGAGUCUUGGACCGAGCCUUGGACCGAGCCUUGGACCGAGCCCCGGCGAAGGCGCGCCGCUUUCGGGACGGGCGCGCGCCGAGCACCCCCCGUACCGCGACUCGGCCGGCGGCGACCCGAGGCGCCACCUGGGGAUGUGGGAGCACUGGACGAUCGAGCAAAAGGAAAAAAGGCGCCUAGACUCCGUCGGCCGACUCGGCGAGCACGAGCCCUCCGCGCCGGGACAACUCGUCAUGAGCGACUCGAGAAAAGACGACUGGAGCCAUCUGGCGGUCGACUUCUCCAGAACUCGCUCCCCCAUCCAUACCGUGCCCGUCCAAAUGAUUUUGGAACGCGCGGAGCCGGCAAGGCUCGACAGCGUGACAUUCAGACCGUUCACACAAAAAUGGGUACAACAGCAAAUAAAUUUUAGCGAGACCCUGCACGACCCCAUCUACGAGCUAGACAUCGAGCUGAUAACCGGUAAAACACAUCAGAUCAGGGCGCAAUUGAAGGCAGAAGGCCUGCUAGUCGUCGGCGACUGGCUCUAUGGCUCCCCCUAUCUGGCGUCAAAGGACACGUUUGCUCUGUGUUGCAGGCAGCUAUCUUGGACCUGUCCAAUCACAGCAUCCCCGCACCUCUUUCGAGUCUAG